ACAAGAAGGACCCAAACAGAAGGUUAGCCAGACUGACAGCAAGAAAUCCUUCAGCGAGGACAGACAGUCUGUUCUUGUCUAAACGGAUCGAUACCGUUUGUGUUAUGAGAAGAAGAGGACGCUGCUUCUCUCAGGAUCGUGAUUGAACAGCAUGGCUGCAGCCCCCCCUCUCAGACGGACAGACUCGGCCCGGGGCGAGUUCUCCCCGCUGAAGCACUUUGUUGUGGCGAAGAAGAAGAUCAGUGAUGUGUUUGAACAACUCCUCAACUACGCCAAAGAGACUUCAGAGUUUGUAGAAGAAAUCAGUGGGAAUAAGGCUUUGGGGAACAUCGCCACUCAGGAUCAGAAGUUGGAGAUCCAGGCCUAUGCCGACAAACUUGCCAUCAUCAAGGAGGUUCUUGCACGCAGGCACAUGAAGGUGGCCUUUUUUGGCAGGACCAGUAAUGGUAAGAGCACAGUGAUCAACGCCAUGCUGAGGGAUCGUGUGCUGCCCAGCGGUAUCGGCCACACCACCAACUGCUUCCUGAGCGUGGAGGGCACCGACGACGACAAGGCCUACCUGAAGACGGAGGGCUCUGAAGAGGAGCAGAGCAUCAAGACUGUAAACCAGCUGGCUCACGCGCUGCACAUGGAUGAAAGUCUGGACGCCGGCUGUCUCGUGCGUGUUUUCUGGCCGAAGACCAAGUGUGCUCUGCUUCGAGACGACCUGGUGCUGGUAGACAGCCCUGGAACAGAUGUUACGUCACAGCUGGACAGCUGGAUCGACAAGUUUUGCCUGGACGCUGACGUCUUUGUGCUGGUGGCGAACUCUGAGUCCACGCUCAUGAACACGGAAAAGCACUUUUUCCACAAAGUGAACGAACGUCUGUCGAAGCCGAACAUCUUCAUCCUCAACAACCGCUGGGACGCCUCGGCGAACGAGCCAGAAUACAUGGAGGAUGUGAGGAAGCAGCACACGGACCGCUGUGUGAACUUCCUGGUCGAGGAGCUGAAAGUUGUGGAUCGUGAGCAGGCACCCAACCGCAUUUUCUUCGUUUCUGCGAAAGAGGUGCUCAACUCCCGGAUGCAGCGUGCGCAGGGCAUGCCUGAAACAGGUGGCGCUCUCGCUGAAGGCUUCAAGGAGAGACUGAAGGAGUUCCAGAGCUUUGAGAGGAGGUUUGAGGAGUGUAUCUCGCAGUCAGCAGUGAAAACAAAGUUUGAGCAGCACACAAUCAGGGCAAAGCAGAUCACAGAAAAAGUCAAGAGCAUCAUGGACGCCAUCAACAUUGAGGCGGCGGAGAAGAGAGUGGCAGCGCUGGAGGACAGAGAGUACCAGAUGGACCGGCUGGAGUUCGUCAAGAACCAGCUCAACUUGCUGAUCGGUGACAUUAAACAGAAGAUCACAGCUAUCAGCGAGGAGGUGGAGGACAAGGUGUCCAACGCCAUGGGGGAGGAGAUCUGCCGGCUCCACGUCAUAGUCGAUGAGUUUCACACUGACUUCCACCCGUCGCCUCACGUCCUCAAGAUCUACAAAUCUGAGCUGCUGACUCAUGUGGAAGAAGGGAUGGGCAAGAACUUGGCCUUCCGCUGCUCCAGCGCCAUCAACGCCUCCGUCCAGUCGUCGCAGCAGUACAUGAUCGAGAGCAUGCUCCCGCUGCUGCCCUCCACGGUCCAGAGCCAGGUCCACAUGCUGGUGCCCAGCAGGAAGUUUGACCUGAGCUACGACCUGAACUGCGCCACGCUCUGCAGCGACUUCCAGGAGAACAUCGAGUUUCAGUUUUCUCUGGGCUGGACGUCGUUGGUCCACCGUUUCCUCGGUUCUGCCAACGCUCAGAGAGCUCUCAGACUGGUGGACCAGAACUUCCAGGUUUCUCGACCGGCGCUGCCUCCGGCACAGACGCCCUCCUCGGGACCGUCCUCCAUCACAGCGCCGCCGCCCAACAGCGAGACAGCCGUCAUGACGCAGGAGGACCUGAUGCUGGCCGUGGCCACCAACGUGGCGUCUCUGACUUCACGCACUUCGAUGAGCGUCGUCAUCGUGGGAGGAGUGGUGUGGAGGACGGUGGGCUGGAGGCUGAUCGCUCUGUCGGCGUCGCUCUACGGCCUGCUGUACCUGUACGAGAGGCUCACCUGGACCACCAAGGCGAAGGAGCGAUCCCUGAAGCGCCAGUUCGUGGACUACGCCUCCGAGAAGCUGCAGCUCAUCGUCAGCUUCACCAGCGCCAACUGCAGCCAUCAGGUCCAACAGGAGAUGGCGACGACCUUUGCUCGGCUCUGUCAGCAGGUGGACCAGACGCAGAAGGAGCUGGAGGCCGAGAUCCGUCAACUGACAGCCAAGAUAGAUCAGCUGGAGACGGUCCAGAGCCGCUCCAAGAGCCUGAGACAUAAAGCCACCGAGCUGGAGAAGCAGCUGGAGGCGUUCACGGCUCAGUACCUGCAGCCUCAGCAGUGACGCUCGUCCUCGCCGCUCCACGACGAGCCUCGACGCACCUCCACCGCGACGGACCGCCGGCUCUGAGGGACGGCGCAGCUGGAAGGAUUAGUCGACGAGCCGACUGGUUGAGAUGAUCCGUGAUUUUUUUUUUUUUUAGUCACACCAAAAUUUUCCACUUGUCUCAACGAGAACGUUUUGGUAUCUGAACUGCAAUCUCUCUCUUUUUUUGUGGACAUUUUCUAGACUCAACAGUUAAUGAAAUGAAAAAAAAAAAAACAUAAAUUGAUCAAGUUUAGGGGACAGCGGAGAAACGCUUUCCUUCUUCUCCUUCAACCAGGUGUCUCAGUUACAUGAGAAGCGAGUAAACUGUAAAACACAACUGCCUGUAAAACAAACGUCGUGCAGAUGAAGGGCGGCGGUAGGAUCUCGGUCGGCGUGACCAUCUACCGGUCGGGUGCUAUAUUUUGACACUAGCGUGCUUCUGACUGUGAAUAUGCCUUUUUUUCUGUUUGUUUUUUUUUUUUUUUUUGGACAAACUUUCGUGGAGCAAAUGAAGUUGUGCGUCUGAGAGAUUGUACGUGAAUCAGUUCAGACGACUGCUGUGUGAUCAGAAAUCAAUAUAUUUAAUAAACACUGGGUUUCGUAAUCAGCAGAAGGGAAAGCACGUCGUCAGCUCACUGUAGGUUCGUCUUCUAUUUUCUAACAAUCCAAAACUGUAUAGAUGAAAUUCUCCAUAUAUAUAUAUUUUAUAAUACCCUGUUUUAUUUAUACCCAGUAGACUUCCAGUGACGAUUCCACCCGUCUGCACUUUGUAAAAAAUUUGUCUUUCUGUUCUUUUCUUGGGAGCGUGUUGAAAUACCUCUAGAUUUACCAGACUGUAUUAAAGCUGCAGUGAUCUAAACCUGA